AUGGACCUAUCGUCUUCGCUUAGCGGUCUUCUGGCGGCCUUCUCCAAUGCCGAGGAUGUAGAUCGGCUAGAAAGAGGCGGGGAUGAUCUAAGUCCCUUUACGCAGUUCGUCGCAUCGGGGAGUAAGUCGAUAUCCGAUCAACCACACAUGACCUUGACGCAAAAUGUGCCCCAGACAUAUCCCUUAGACAGUUAUCUUACGACGAUAAAUGAGCUGCUCUCGCCGCAAACCCCAGAUCUUAUUCCAGGGGAGUACAAUCAGCCAUUCGAACUGCAGCGAACUUUCGAAGCUCAGCUUCCGAAUCUCUCGGAAGAAAGUAAAGAGUAUCUACAGCUGAAAGGAGCUCUCAGGAUAGUUCCCAUUGACCUUCGGAAUGAGUUGCUUGCAGCUUAUAUCAAAUAUGUUCAUCCUCUCCUACCUGUCAUUGAUCUGCAAUGGUUUUUAUUGAAUGUAAUGGUCGAGGAUGAAUCUCAAUUUCGGAGCCCGCUUCUUCAUCAAGCUGUCAUGUUGGCGGGAAGUGCAUUUAUUGAGCAGGAAACUGCCGUCAAAGCUGGGUUUUCGUCACGGAAAGCACUACGAAGAACAUUGUUUGGACGAGCUAAGCUUCUUUAUGAAUUUGAGACCGAACCAGACGCAUAUACCCAGAUCCAAGCAUUACUGCUCAUGAUGCAGUGGCAUGGAAGUGGAGGUGGUCACAAAGACCCAACAUACUGGUUCGAUCUCGCCUAUUCGACAGCAGAGCGCAUUGGUCUCCUGGCGAGCUUAGAAACAGGUAGUUUUUCUCACAAGCACAGACUUUGGUGGUGUCUCUAUGUGCGCGACCGCGUCCUCUCCCUCGGCUUCCGUCGACCACUCCGGAUUCCAAAUAGCGAUGUCACAAUGUCGCUAUUGGCAUCCACUAGAUACUAUUCCUCCGAGCCAUAUCAUGACCUCGUGCUCAUUAUGCUGGGCGAAACAUCUGCCAUGCUCAACUGGGAAAAUCAAGAGCGAAUGAUGCUUCUGUUCAUUCAGGAGAUUAAACUUGCUCAUUGUUUGGGCGUCAUUAUCAAUCUUCUUUAUCAAGAUGCUUGGUCAACUUCGAAAUCGGGGGACUGUGUAUACUCCAUGGUGCCCAGGUCAAAUGUAUCACAAGCUGCCAUAACUGGAUGUGAGCAGUUGCUGAAGACCUGGAUUCAAAAUCUUCCUGCCCCUGCACAUUAUUUCUCUCCAUCACUCUUGCACCAUUGUCAUACAGAGUCUCCGGAGAUUGUCCUACUGGUUCACCAGGCUUUCCUGUAUCUCCUCCAUCUCACUACGAUGUCCAUACUCUAUCAAGCUGCGUCGAGCGGAGGGGAUGGUCUCCAAACCACCCUUGUCUCAGAAAUGAGAGGCUUGACUUUGCAAGUCAAUGAGAUUCUCAAUGAACUGCAUGACUGCAAGAUGCUUCAUUUUCUCCCUGGAAGCACUGUUACUAUAUUGAUUAUUAUUCUGGAGGCAAGCCUUCCUGAUCUGAAGGUUUCGGAUAAUAUUGUGAGGAUGCAGGCCAUGUCGAACUUGUAUGCUUGCGAGGAAGCAGCUGGGCGCUUACUACAAACAUAUCCCGCGGCUGAGAUUGUUCUUUCACAGGCGCAGAAUGCCCGUGGACAUCUCUUGGGGUUGAUUACAACUUGA